UAUAUCACGCAUUAGUACGGUACCUACAUACAUUCGGAUAAAUCGAAAAAUUAAUCGGAUUUAUUUUGAAAACGUAUAUUAGCAGCGGUGAGCAGAUGUGUAAAUGUUAACAUAUUAAACAGUUGAAACUUUCAAAAUUUAGUUUGUAAUUUAUUGGCCUCAUGAUAAGGUAAUCAUUGAUUUUAUGUGCGCAUCUAUACUUGUUGGUCAGGAUUUCAUGACAUAGUUGGUGACAAAAUAUACGAAUUACGAGAGCACAAGCAAGCAUUAUGAGAUGUGAUGAUUGUGGUUUAACAACAAGUACUAAGCUUUUAUAAAAGCGCAUUGUAUCCUAAAAUAAAAAUCAAAUUUAUAGAUCAAAGUUUUCUAUAAAUUAUCUAGAAUUUCUGGACGGUCAAGUACACAGCGAAACACGUAAAUCUGGUAAAUAAAGUUGUCCAUAAUGGACUCAUUACCAGCAAGAGCACAAGAUGAUAACACCAACAGUGUUAAAAGUGAUGACAGCAGCCCUCGUCAUGACCCUGGAAGAGGUUCACCUCCACCAAACUGUGCCAUAUGUCUUGGCACGUGCAGAAACAAAUCCUUCACUGACUCUUGCCUUCAUCAGUUUUGUUUUAAAUGUCUUUUAACUUGGAGCAAGGUCAAAGCAGAGUGCCCUCUAUGUAAACAAAAUUUUAGGUCAAUUAUUCACAAUGUGCGAUCAAACCAUCAGUAUGAAGAGUAUUUGGUGGUACAGCAUCAUACAGAGGAAUUGUCUGAUAGAAUUGAUAUUGACAGCCUCAAUUCCACAAGAAGAUUUAGAUACAGGACCACGCUAACGCUGCCGCGGCAAGAAACUCUCGCAAUCCAGCAGCUACUGUUGCACCACUACCCCAUGGUCGCGCAACUGUUCCCCGGGCCACUUGCACCGCGUCGUCGCUCGCCCGCUUCCUUCCGCCGCACCGUCUACCGCUACAACCUGUGGGCGCGCCCGCUUCCCGACUUCACACGCCGUUUCAGAGAUUGCUCGCCGGACUUCUACAGACACAACACAUCACAAAUGCAUAGACUGGUUCCAUGGCUGAAUAGGGAACUUCAUUACUUGCUUAAUGAAAACGUCGGUCACAUAGCCUAUGUCGUAGCUAGAAUAUUGGAAUUACUGCCGCAGUUUAGUAUCAAUUCAACGGAAUUCAGAGAAGCGUUGCGACGCUACUUCGGGGAUAACACUGACCACUUCCUCCAUGAACUUUACUGCUUCGCUUCGACACCUUACGACAUGAACGGAUACGACCGCAACGUGCAGUACACCACCGACAACACGAUUUCGACAAUGGUCAACGAGGUGUUGUCCAGCUCAGAGUCCGAGGCCAGCGUGGACUCUGACAUCGUCAUGAUCUCCAGCUCCGAGCCCACGGACCCGCCGCCGGGCCCCUCCCGCGUCCCCGCGCCCGUUUAUCCGCAAAGCUACAUCACGCAGCCCGCCGCCGACAGCGUCAUUCCUAUCGAGACCAUCUCGCAGUCCGACUCUGACGAUGACUCCUCCGAGGUCAUGGUCGUCGGCUACAUCAAGCCGCCCCAGGACAGAACACCAGAGGUCGUUGAUCUCCUAGGUUCCGACAGCGAUGUGAUUGUACAAGAAAAUGGGCCCCCGGAGCCCGAAACCCACGACUUGUCGGAGAAUCUCCCACCAUCUCUUGUAAAACUCACCCUCAAGCGACACGACACUCGCGCAGCGUCCGUCUCCGAUAGCGACGAGAGCGCUUAUACGCCGAGCCUUACGCCGCCGCCCCGUAAGAGGCGCUACCGCUCCAACGACACUGCCACCACGGCUGACACAAGCCGCACCACGCCCUCGCCUCCCGCGCCCUUCGGCUCCUCCGCCUUCCACUCCCCAACUUCCUCCUCCUCCACCACCUCAAGCAACGACACCUCCUACGACAGCGACACGUCCAGCGAUUCGCUGUUGAGAAAUCACAGCGAUAGGGUCAAGAAAAUUCCGCGGCGAAAGCUCGCUGCGGAGAAGAGCAAGAGCAGAACGAAGAUGCGUUCGUCCCGAAUGCAUCGCAAGAGUAAAAAAGAUUUGAAUUACUCACCCGGUAAAGAACAGCAGAGUAAACAUAAAUCUCAUUCCGGGAAAGGUGUGAAAUCUUCGAAUAAAUGCAUCGAGAUGGAUACGGCGAUGGCGGAGCCGGAGCGAGCGCAACAGGCGUUAGAUCAGCCCGGCACGAGCGGGACAGCGAGGGUCACUAAGCUCAGGCCAGAUCGGAGUACGCGGCGUCGCAGACUGAGCCGCGAGAGUAAAAGACUGAAAAGUGUUGUAAAUGUUAUAAGAAGCCAAAAUAAUUCAGAGUUAGCGAGUAAAGAAUCAGGCGACCGGCCCAGAGAGAACACGGACAGGGAAUCUAACGAAAUGGAAGUUGAGUACAGUCAGCCAGUCCCCGAUGCUGAAUAUUCCGACUCUGAGGAUGACCUGCCGCUGAACCUAAGCAUAAUGAAAGGGUCGCGUAAGUAGUUGGCUAUAGCAGCUCGGAAUGAAAUGAAACAUUGUGAUAAUUUUAUAUAUUAUUUAUAAAGGUGAUUAAUAAAAAUUGAGCCGGAUCUCAGAGCAAUCGCUCAAGUUGAACAGCACCAUUACAAUUGUACAUUUGUUCAUUUCAAAUGUUUCAUUGUACAAUCGAAUAAGUACGAGUAAACUCGUAUGCGCAAAGUAAUGAUUUAUAUAUAAUAGCCAGCCACCCCAUGUUUUAGUGUAAAUAUUUCUUUAAAAUGUUAAUGUAUAAUUUAUGAAGUAAAUAUGUGGACGCUAUUACUAAAAGCCUAUCACGUGAAUGAAUCUGAGAUAAGCAGUAAGUAGAUUUAACAUGUCAUUUUGUACAUAUUAGUUUCAUAAAUUUUUGUAAGUUUUUUUUUAACUAUUUUAUCUGAUUUAUUUUCCACUCAAAUUGUUAUGUAAGGCUAAGCAAUAGGAAUUUAAUUUUGUGUAAACCUAAUUUUCCGUUCAACUUUAGAUUUAAUACAUUCAUGAUUAUAUUCCUUAAUUGACUUAAAUCUUAAUGGUUUAAUUUACUUAAUUUAAAGUAUUAUACUUAUUUAUAAAUAAUAACUAUUGAUGUACAAACAUUUCGGAAAUAUGAAUAUGAUUAAAAACUAAAAUAUAAUGGAUAUGAUGAUGUUUGCUAGAUUUAUUUUCAAUAUACGGGUAUUUCAAUUAUUAAAUUGAAUAUUCCACUACGAUUUUGCAUGAUGACUAAUGUGUUGAGUGACAAUUGUAACAAAAUGUCACAGUACCGUACCAUCAGAGAUACUUAAUUUACAUAGCUUGAAGAACCUUACAAAUUGAAUUUCCAAUUAGCUACCGCACGUCUGAUUAUGGUCUUGUUAUUAUUUAACGAAUUUGAUUUUGCGCGAUUCAACAGAUCCAUUUCAGAGGUGCUAUGCAACUUUGCUGAAAUAAAAAUAACAUAAUCA